AUGUCGUCCGGUUCCAAUGGCGCCCGGCGCAUAACCUCGCUUCUGCGACCCUCAAAACUCGACUCCGGCGUUUGCAGAAGCUGUCAAGAAACCCUUGGCCGCCGCAGCUAUGCCUCUGCUGCCACUGCGACCGUUACUGAGAAUACUACCGACACACCGGCUACUUCUACCGCUACUCCUCCCUUCCCUUACACCAUCAAUGCCGGCGUCGUCCUCUCGCGCCCACCCCAAGUCACCCGUGACCUCGAGCCCUUCGAGAAAGCUUUCCAUUUCUAUCAGAAGCGUUUGAAUGAGCGCUUGGCCCUACCAUUCACCAAAUACUUCUACUUCAAGCGCGGAACCCCGGCGGACGAGGACUGGAAGAAGAAGAUCCAGGAGCGUCGGACUCCUGCACGCGACAUCGGCAAGUACAACGCGUACGACAGCGACUCGUGGAACGAUGAACUCCUCCUCGGCGCCAAGGAGGCCGAGCCUGAGCACCAGGUCGAGAUGCUCGUUCAGGAUGCCGAAUCCACAGCCAAUGCCACCUCCCAAGAUACCAGCAAGAAGGAAGAGAUCCCGCGGCCGCAUUCCCGAGUGACGGAGGCGGAUAAGAAGGGUGAUCACAAGAGCUUGAACCGUCUGCUUUCGCGGACUCUGUAUCUGCUCGUUCAGUCGAAGGAGGGACACUGGAAGUUCCCCAGCAUGCCCGUGGAGGCAGAAGAGACUCUUCGUCAGGCUGCUGACCGUACCCUUUAUCAAACCGCCGGUGCAAACAUGAAUACCUGGAUGGUCGGCUUCCACCCCUCCGGCCACCACGUCUACAAGAACCGCAAGCCCCACGUCGACCAGGCCACCGGUGCCGAGAACCACGGCGAGAAGACCUUUUUCCUGAAGUCUCGUAUCAUGGCCGGCCAGGCCGAUCUGUCCGCCAACAAGGACCUGAAGGAUUUCAAGUGGUUGUCCAAGGAGGAGAUUUCCAGCUACGUGCUGCCGCAAUACUACAGCUACGUUAAGAACAUGCUGGCCGACCGAUAA